AUGGCUCGUCUUCGCAAGUCUCGGACGAAGUGGGCUGAGUUGACGGCUGCUCAGGUGUAUGAAUCGAUGCAUAAUUGGUAUACUCCGAGGUUGGACCGUAUAGGCAGAUACGUCAGUCAGCGGGAUGCAGUGGAGAAGGCGGUGAUUAGGAUUCAAGUCGACGAGGCUCUUCUUUCCUAUGUCAGGAAAAUAAAGGGGGUCGAGCAGGACUUUGAUGCGGUGGAAAAGAUGCUUGCGGCCCGGUUGCGGGAGAGUAAGGCCGCCGGAGAUUUGGUUGAGGAUGACGAAGUCGAAGCUGAUGACUAUGCUCCGCCCUUAAGGUUAGAUCUUCGUUUUCGUCUUGCUGAAUUUUGCUUUGAUAGCGCAUGGAUUGUUCCACGGAAUUUUGAUCAAUAUGGGUCAAUAUAUCGAACUUUCAGGCCUACCCUAGCUGAGCUGGCGUUUCCGGGAUCCCCAUCGCGUCGUUCAAUCGAAGUAGGCUGA